UUUUUUUUUUUUGAAAAGUUUUGCUGAUUACAAAAUUGAUUAUUUGAAAGUUUGAAAACUUUGAAUUAAAAAAUUGUCUCUUGUUAGAGGUUUAAAAAAAUGUAAUCAUUGAAGAACUGCUCACCAAAGACAAAAUAUAAGCAGUUCAGAGGAGUGGCAUCAUAUUUUUCGUGAUUUUUAUAACUUUAAUCAUGUCGAUUUGUGCUAGAGAAAUACGAAUUUUUGCGGAUAAAUUCAUAGCUGUUCGAAAACCUCCGGCAAGGAUUCACUGCAUAUGUACCUAGAUAAAUUUAUGUACAUGACUUGAUAUGGGCUUCUUGAAAAACACAUUUUUCAUUUUUAUCAUUUGCCUGAGUCCUUAUUAUGUCACGAACAGCAUUAUCGAAUUUGAAAGCAGCCCAAUUCAAUGUGAAUUUUACGAUAAUGACCAAUGUUUGGAUCCUUUAAAUUGCGCUACCACCUUACUUGAUGAACCAAAGAAUAAUGACUCGGAAAACGGAAGAAUUGAAAAGUGCAAACCCGGCAAAGUGAAUUAUUGUUUUGCCCAGUGGUCGAAUGAUUCUCUUGGACGAAUAACUGUACAGAAGAAGGGUUGUUUCGAUACGUUUGACCGAGACUGCCCCGGCCAAACACAAUGCAUUGGCCGAAGAAAAACUGCAAAUUUUUAUUAUUGUUGCUGUGACGGAGAUUUGUGUAACACUAAUUUCUCAUUCGAGCCUUUUUUACAAAGAAAAUCACCAAACGAGUACGAAAGCGCAUCUGAGACUGAUUCCGUUCCAAUUACGGUCCACAUACUUGUGAUAUCAACUUGUUUUAUAUUAAUCGCAGUAUUAUUAUAUUCUCUUUAUUCGUUCAGAAAACGUGAGCUGUGUUAUUUCAACAGGAAUUCGCAGUUUGACCAAAGAUCUCAAACAGAUUCAUCAUCGAUUGAAAAACUUCUACCAAUUGAAUUAUUAAUGAAAAAAGCCGAAGGUAGAUUUGGAGAAGUAUGGAAAGCGAUGUAUAAACCUAAAAAUGAAUUAGUAGCUGUGAAAAUAGUACCUGCUCAGUUUAAAUCGUCUUGGUCAACCGAAGUAGAAGUACUGAAAGCUCUUCAAUCAGGCCAUGAAAAUAUACUACAAUUUUACGGAGCUGAAAAACAUUACGACGGUUCUCAUCCGAAAUAUUGGUUAAUAACUGCCUAUCACGAAAGAGGAUCUUUAUGCGAGCAUUUGAAAAAUAAUACCCUCUCUUACGAGCAGGCUUGCUCCAUUUCUUUUACCAUGGCUAGAGGAUUGGAUUAUUUACACGAUGAAAUCUUCGAUAAAUUCCACGAAUGUUCGAAGCCAUCCAUUGCUCAUCGAGACUUUAAAAGUAACAAUGUCCUGUUGAAAGAUGAUUUCACCGCCUGCAUAGCUGAUUUCGGUUUAGCGAUAAUUUUUAGAAAUUCUCAAUUCGACGAUUGUAAUCACGGACAGGUUGGUACGAGACGUUAUAUGGCUCCGGAAGUAUUACAAGGAUCGAUUACAUUCUCAAUCGCCGCGUUUCAACGUAUCGAUAUUUACGCGUGCGGAUUAGUACUGUGGGAGAUCUUAUCACGAUGUACUAUUCACGAGGACGCCACCUCAAAAUAUAAAUUACCCUUUGAACAAGAACUGGGUGAACAUCCGUCCAUUGAACAAAUGCUCGAGGUGGUGGUUAAUCAGAGGAAACGUCCUGAGAUUAAAGAAUCGUGGCAGAAUCACUCGCUUUUAACGGAUAUUUGUAAGACAAUCGAAGACUGUUGGGAAGCUGAGCCUGAAGCUAGAGUUACCGCAUCAUUGGUGGCUGAAAGAUUUUCUAGACUUUUAACUUCAACGAUUACGUGCGAAACAGAAGCUAAACUUUUAUCCGCUGAUGAUUAAUUAUUUUAAACGCUUAUGUGUGUUUUAUAAUAUUUUACGAACAAAUCCUCGAACUCAGAAUGUGUUAUUUCGCCUAUUUUGCUUUGUGCCAUGUGUAGUAUUUUAAAUUUUAACACUCGCGGCUUGAGCGUUUUUCAAAGAAACUUAAUCCUAAGCUGAAUAGUCAUUUUUUAAUUAUUUUAAAACUUUCAUGACGAUUUUUAAUCAAUGCUGCAAAUUUGAUUAUGAUUUUUCCAGUCUAGUUUUUUAUUACCUAAUCCGUCCUUAAGUAAUUUUUUUAUUUUUUUUUGCAAGCAUUUUGCAAACGCUUGUGUUUUAUUUAUGUAUUUUAUCUCGGGGUAAUAUUGUAUAUUUUAUUUUAUUUAUUUUUACAAAUUUUAUGUGAUGUUGGAAUAUGACUCAUUGUUUUUAAUUUACGCGAUUGAUUCGUUGUAUUUUUUGUACAUUAAGUGAAAAAAGUAUUAUCGCUUCGUA